CGGGCCCCGGACCCUCGUGCGGACGGUCCUGUGCGUGGACGGGGGCUGGGUAGCGGCGGGCCGGACCCCUUCUGACCCAGGUCCCGCCGGCGUCAGGCGCGGACAUGGCCCAGAACCUGAAGGACUUAGCGGGACGGCUGCCCGCCGGCCCGCGCGGCAUGGGCACGGCGCUGAAGUUGCUGCUGGGCGCCGGCGCCGUGGCGUACGGCGUCCGCGAGUCCGUGUUCACCGUGGAAGGCGGGCAAAGAGCCAUCUUCUUCAACCGCAUCGGUGGCGUGCAGCAGGACACCAUCCUGGCCGAGGGCCUUCACUUCAGGAUCCCCUGGUUCCAGUACCCCAUCAUCUACGACAUCCGGGCCAGACCCCGAAAAAUCUCCUCUCCCACAGGCUCCAAAGAUCUGCAGAUGGUGAACAUCUCCCUGCGGGUGCUGUCUCGGCCCAACGCACUGGAACUUCCCAGCAUGUACCAGCGCCUGGGGCUCGACUACGAGGAGCGAGUGCUGCCGUCCAUUGUCAACGAGGUGCUCAAGAGCGUGGUGGCCAAGUUCAAUGCCUCCCAGCUGAUCACCCAGCGGGCUCAGGUGUCCCUGCUGAUCCGACGGGAGCUGACCGAGAGGGCCAAGGACUUCAGCCUCAUCCUGGACGAUGUCGCCAUCACAGAGCUGAGCUUCAGCCGAGAAUACACAGCUGCUGUCGAAGCCAAACAAGUGGCCCAGCAAGAGGCCCAGCGAGCCCAGUUCUUGGUGGAAAAGGCGAAGCAGGAGCAGCGGCAGAAGAUCGUGCAGGCAGAGGGGGAAGCUGAGGCCGCCAAGAUGCUUGGGGAAGCGCUGAGCAAGAACCCUGGCUACAUCAAACUGCGCAAGAUCCGGGCGGCCCAGAACAUCUCCAAGACGAUCGCCACGUCACAGAAUCGUAUCUAUCUCACUGCUGACAACCUCGUGCUCAACCUGCAGGACGAGAGCUUCACGCGAGGAAGCGACAGCCUCAUCAAGGGUAAGAAAUGAGCCUGCUGAGUGAGAGCUUCCCCGAGACGACAUGGAGCCACCUCUCCCUGGUCUUGGAGGAGUCAGCUCGGGGGUCCCUGGACGCCCCUCGCCUGCCCAGCAUCAUGAUGGUCCCUCUGCCCCUCCUCCCCACCCCUCCCGGAUUGUUGAAGGACUGGCCCUUUGUUCAGGGAAACUGUCCUCUCGUCUCGUCCCAGGGUGUUGGAACCAAGUGUGAUUGAGUUCUCAGUGAUUUAUUCCGUACCGGGUGAGUUCCUUCCCUCGAGGCUGGGAGGAGAGAACUGUCGCCCCAGGAAUUCUCAAUAAAUUUUUAUUAUGCAAACCGAA